CGGCCGCCGGUCCGCAGCGCCCCAUGGCGGCGUCCGCGCCGGCCCCGGCGGCGCCGCUGAGCGCGGAGCAGGCCAAGGCGGUGCUGGCGGAGGUGAUCAAGGCCUUCGGUGCGCCCGAGAACGCGCAGCGCAUGGAGGAGGCGCGGGACAACGCCUGUAACGACAUGGGCAAGAUGCUGCAGUUCCUCCUGCCUGUGGCUACCCAGAUCCAGCAGGACGUGAUCAAAGCCUACGGCUUCAGCAGCGACGGCGAAGGGGUCCUGAAGUUCGCCCGGCUGAUCAAGUCGUACGAGUCGCAGGACCCGGAGAUCGCCGGCAUGUCGGGCAAGCUCAAAGCCAUGUUCCUGCCGCCCAUGACGCUGCCGCCGCACGGCGCCGGUACCGGCGGAGUGGCCACCUCCUGAGCCCGGCGACCUCUCCUCCAGCCCCGGCGGGCCGCGAUGCUCGGAUGCUUUGGAGCAGUCGAACGGGGGAGGCGCUGACCCGACAGGAACGGGGCGGUUUGUGCCUGCUUGUGUGUCUGCUCCUGAAUAAACCAUGUCUCGAAGUUGC